AUGCCCAGGCGAACCAACACCGAGGACAAACUCAACAUCCUCCAAGACCGCAACGAUGGCAAGAGACGGUCUCUUAUCAUCAGCGACGAGUUCGACGACUCCACAAGCUCAGCGUCCAUCUCGGACUCCGACACUCUGCACUUGGAUGACAAGCACGCAGCCAUCGUGUUGGAGUCCACCAGCCAAUCCCAGAUAACUCGUGCCUUCCACGAUUUGAACAGGGCCGCCUCCUACAGACUAAGGAAGCGCAAACCCAAGAAGGACGUAGCCGUGGAUGAAGCCCCAGACAACAACCAUAAGUCCGCCAAAGACAAGUUCGUGUCCCGCUUCGGAGACAUCAAGUUCUAUGCCGUUUCCAGCACCAUCUUCGAUACCGUUCAAUUCAAGGAAUCCGAUGUCUACGGCGUCUACGUGCUCUUCUGGCUUGGAAUUGGUUUCUUCAUCUUCAGCAGUCUUGUCCAUUAUUACCUUGAGAAUAAGCAAUCCAAGGUCAUCUGGGAAUGGCCUAUUGUGCAGAUUCUACGCAAGGAUAUCGUUAAGGUUGCCUUCACCGACUUGGCCAUGUACCUCUCAACAUAUUUCGUUUACCUCCUUCAAAAGGUUAUCAAAUUAGGUUGGUUCACUUGGCAUUCCACGGGUUGGAUUGUCCAGUCUGUGUAUUGUGGAGCAUUUUUCGUCUUUUGGCUAUACUUUGCUUCGACAAACUGGAUGGACUUCCCUUGGAUUGCGAAGGUUUUCUUGGUGCUUCAUAGCUUGGUUUUCGUUAUGAAAAUGCACUCGUAUGGAUUCUACAACGGAUACUUGUGGAAAAUUAACCUAGAAUUGUUGUACAGUACUUCCUAUCAUACCAGGUUGUCUAAUGGAAAAGCCAAACUUCCUGAAGGUUUUGACGAAGAGAAGACCUUGCACUUGUUAAAAGAAAGUAUUGCAUUUUGCAAGUUUGAGUUGGACUCCCAGGCAUAUACAACUACGAUUUCUGAGGAAGGUGUUGAGUAUAAGCCUAAGAAGGUGGUUGAAUUUCCACAGAAUAUUACCCUUUUCAACUUUUUUGAGUUUUCCAUGUUUCCAACCGUGGUCUACACGUUGAAUUUUCCACGUACUCCCCGUAUCAGAUGGUUUUAUGUGUUUGAAAAGGUUUGUGGUAUUUUUGGAAUAUUGUUUUUGAUGAUCACUGUGGCACAGAAAUGGAUGUAUCCCUUGGUUCAUGAGUGUUAUGCUGCUAGGAACCUCCAGGGCUCUGAAAAGUUCUUGAAGUAUGUUUUGAUUUCGUUGGAUAUUAUUCCUGCCUUUCUACUCGAAUAUCUUUUGACGUUCUUCAUGAUUUGGGAUGUGAUUUUGAACUCCAUUGCCGAACUCACCAGGUUCUCGGAUCGUGAUUUCUAUGGUCCUUGGUGGUCAUGUACAGAUUGGUCCGAGUUCAGCAGGAUCUGGAACGUGCCAGUUUACAAAUUCUUGUUACGUCAUGUUUACCAUUCCUCAAUCAGUGCACUUCAUUUGCACAGGGGGCUGGCAGCUGUAGUAACAUUCAUGAUUUCCUCAAUUGUUCACGAGCUUGUGAUGUACGUCAUUUUUGGAAACUUCAGGGGCUACUUGUUGUUUUUGCAGAUGAGCCAAGUUCCUAUGAUUAUGCUUGCCAGAACUAAGCUUUUGCGCAACAGAAAGAUUUUGGGUAAUGUUAUCUGUUGGUUUGGUUUUAUUACUGCCCCCAGUGUGAUAUGUACCUCAUACUUGAUGUAUUGA